GUCUGACGGGCCUCCCACUCUCCUCGGUCGGUUAAUCGCAAAAUUGGUGAGAUUCAUUCUCUGCCACCCCCAGCAUAAUGAAGACCAAACGGCAACGAGCAGCGACGCCAAGAUCAAGAACAGGAUGUCAAACCUGCAAGAUCCGACAUGUCAAAUGUGACGAGCAACGGCCCGAAUGCCAUCAGUGCAAGCGAACAGGAAGAAAGUGCGAUGGAUACACCCAACAGCGCCCGCAAAGCGACGUCGUACCAUCCAUGAAACCAAAGUUAAGCACCGACCAUCGGAUCGUCCUUCGGGCGGGGUCAAGAGAAGAACGGCAUUACCUAUACUUCUUCAACACACAGACUGCCCACGCGCUAUCCGGGUUUUUUGAAUCGGAGCUCUGGGGACGCAAUCUUCCGCAGCUGAGCGAGUGCGAGCCUAUCGUCAGACAUGCCAGUGCGGCUGUGAGUGCAGCCCAUGAGCGGGCACUCGCGCUGCAACAACAUUCAUCGGGCGCAGUCCGACGGAACAACGACCGGUUUAUUGUGUAUCAUUAUAACGAAGCAAUCCGGCAUUUGAUGGCGUAUCUGGCAUUUCCAGGUGAAAAGACUGAUUUGACUCUCAUCACAUGCUUUCUGUUCGUGUGUCUCGAGAUGCUGAGUGGUAAUUCCAGACAAGCUCUGGAUCACAUGGAGGCGGGAUUGAAGAUCAUUCAACGGGCAACAGACCAAACAACUGGGUCAAAUGCGACCGACAAAGAGCUUUUGCAUUUGGGUCUCCGAUUGAAUAUCCAACUCGCAAUGAACGGACGCUCUAUGGUUUACUUCGAUCUUGAGUCCAUAUGUCCUGAAGAAUUGGUAAAUGAAACACCCGUUUGGUCGAAUACCUCUCAGGCCCGACAUGCGUUGGAUAUACUCAUGAACAGGACAUCAAUGUUUGUCUGCCUGGCAGGGUAUGAGCCCACGGAUCGCACACACUUGGAGCCCCAGCAGCAUCAGCUCCUCCAAGAAUUUGCGACAUGGAAUAGGGCGUUCAACGCCCUCAAAAGUAAACCACGACGUUCUGCAAAAGCAGACCCCAGGGCGCUGCUGCUCCUUCGCAUGCUGUACCUUGACUGCUGGAUAUGGGUGAAAACUUGUCUGUCCAGACACGAGACCGUAUACGACAGCUUCACUUCUGCUUUCGCAGAAAUUGUGAAUUGUGCAGCCCAGAUAAUUGAUAUCGAUGCUGUCGUCGAUCGGAAAUCAACCAAAUGUGCUCCGGACAUGUUCACGCUUGAAACCAGUAUCAUCACCGGUCUAUACUAUACAGCAAUCAAGUGCCGCAAUCCAAUCAUUCGUCGAGAAGCCAUCCGGCUCUUGGAUCAAUGUACCAAACAAGAGGGACUCUGGAAUAAGCGUGUUGUCGCGAAGGUCGCCCAAGUGAUCAUGGAACUGGAAGAAGAGAAUCUGUCAUAUCUCCCUAUCGCAAAAAGAAUACCGGAGGAGAAGGACCGUAUAUAUGAGACCGUCAAAUCUAUUCCGGUGGGCGAGAGUAUGCAAUGUCGCCGCCAGUUGGUUCUGUUGUCGAAGCCAAACGGGCCAGACGGAGCAUGGCUGACUAGAUUCCGUUUUGUGGAGUGGUAGCAUUAUUUAUAGGCUAGAUUAUUUUUUUUCUCGCAUUAUCCGUG